AAUAAUGGUGACAUAGUGCGCCUGACGAAGUAGACGUUUUAGGUGAAUGUAACGUGCCUUAACGGAGUAACUGCAUUAAAUGCGCAUGGCGCAUUCUGACGGAGCAGGUCUCUUGAGAAAAGGUGUUCUGGUAAGGAAAAAUGAUCAGUCUGGUAUAACUGCCCUUACACUAUGCUUCUCCUUUGUCGUCUUCUUCCAUGGAGAAGCAAGAGCAGGAGUCGAGAGUGAGAUUGAGUUGAGAAAUCCAACUCGUAAACGAUCAAGGAGGAAUCAAAAACCGAUUACCUCGGAGGGUGGAAACCAGAAUCUGGAAAGGGAAGAAAAGUCGAAAGAGAUGGAGAAGGAGAAGAAAUGUUGGGGAAGAGUGAAGAGGAAGGGGAGAAUAAGGAAGAAGAAGGUUAAUUUUGAAAAUGAUUUUAAUUAAUUAAUAAUAAAUGGUUUUUAU